AUGUCGCAGCGCGUGGGGAAUACCUCGCUCGCCUUCUCGCGCAUCUGGCACCAUGUGGACGCGCGUGAGCGUGUCCUGGGCCGCCUUGCCCGCUCGAUUGCCGUGACGCUGAUGGGCAAGCACAAGCCGGUGUACGACCCCGCGGUCGACGCGGGCGACUAUGUCGUGGUCACCAACGCCUCGCACGUCGCCGUGACCGGCAAAAAGGCGGAGCAAAAGGUGUACAGGCACCAUACGAUGUACCCGGGUGGUCUUAAGGAGAUCCCGUUCAAGGCGAUGCUGCAGUCGAAGCCGGAAGAGAUCCUGCGCCGCGCUGUUUCGGGCAUGCUGCCCAAGAACAAGCUGCGCGAGCGGCGGCUCGAGCGCCUCAAAAUCUUUUCGGACAGUACCCACCCGUAUGAGGAAAACAUUGUCAAGCGCUACGACGUGCCGACCAAAAUGCAAUAG